AUUCAAUCUUGGGGGCGUGACGGGGACUGUGCAGUGAGUGCACUCUCAUGACAGCUCUCAUGCUUGCUAGUUCUAGUGGUGCUAAUUUUUGCUCCUAUUACUCAAGCCACAUACCAACAAAUACACGAAAAGGACGAAGAUUUUAUUAUCGGUUAAUUCCUUUCCACGCAUGUUGAUAGAAUUGUCUUUUUUUUUUUACAUCGCUGUUUUGCACCUUCACGUUAGCUUUGCAGCUAGCAGUUGUUUUUUUAGCAUCGUCUUUUAGCUAGCAGCUAGCCGGAAGUUUUCGUUCUCUGCAAUCGGAUAAUGACAUUCGCUGCAGAUGUCUGGCCCUGAUACGUGCUCACGUUGGAUGAGUGGAGAGAAAAAUGUCGUGCAAAUCAACCAAAGUGGCCCCCAGUGUUGACUUUGACCACAGUUGUUCAGACAGCGUGGAAUAUCUGACACUUAAUUUUGGUCCUUUUGAGACUGUUCACCGUUGGAGAAGACUGCCUCCGUGUGAUGAGUUUGUUGGAGCAAGGCGCAGCAAACACACUGUUGUGGCAUAUAGGGAUGCUAUCUACGUGUUUGGGGGAGACAAUGGCAAGAACAUGUUGAAUGAUUUGCUGCGCUUUGAUGUGAAGGACUGCUCAUGGUGCCGGGCCUUCACCACAGGAACUCCACCUGCUCCCCGCUAUCACCAUUCAGCUGUUGUCUACGGCAGCAGCAUGUUUGUUUUUGGGGGAUAUACUGGAGACAUAUACUCCAACUCAAACCUUAAAAACAAAAAUGAUCUCUUUGAAUACAAGUUUGCCACAGGACAGUGGACUGAAUGGAAAGUGGAGGGGAGCUUGCCAGUGGCCCGCUCUGCUCACGGUGCAACGGUUUACAGUGAUAAGUUAUGGAUAUUUGCUGGUUAUGACGGAAAUGCCAGAUUGAAUGACAUGUGGACCAUCAGUCUGCAGGACAGGGAGCAUGCAUGUUGGGAAGAGAUCGAACAGAGUGGCGAGAUUCCUCCUUCUUGCUGCAACUUCCCCGUAGCUGUUUGCAGGGACAAGAUGUUUGUGUUCUCGGGUCAGAGUGGGGCCAAGAUAACAAACAACCUCUUCCAGUUUGAGUUCAAUGGCCACAUGUGGACGCGUAUACCCACUGAACAUUUACUACGAGGCUCUCCGCCACCUCCACAGCGCCGUUAUGGCCACACAAUGGUUGCCUUCGAUCGCCAUCUGUACGUGUUUGGCGGCGCUGCUGAUAACACUCUGCCCAACGAGCUGCACUGCUAUGAUGUGGACUCUCAGAGCUGGGAGGUGAUCCACCCCAGCUUGGACAGUGAGAUGCCUAGUGGAAGACUCUUCCAUGCAGCCGCCGUGAUUCAAGAUGCCAUGUACAUCUUUGGAGGGACCGUGGAUAACAAUGUUCGCAGUGGAGAGAUGUACAGGUUUCAGUUUUCAUGCUAUCCCAAGUGCACUCUCCAUGAAGACUAUGGCAAAUUGUGGGAAAACCAUCAGUUCUGUGACGUGGAGUUUAUCCUGGGAGAGCGGGAAGAACGAGUUCUGGGACAUAUAGCCAUCGUGACCGCGAGAUGCCAGUGGCUGCGCAGGAAAAUCCUGCAGGCUCGGGAAAGGCAGCGACAGAGGACCAAACAGGACAGCUGUGAGGAGAACGAUGAAGGGGCCACUGGUGGAGGGACUCACAGGCCGUCAGGCAGACAGCCAAUGCUGCAGGUGUCCAUCAGGGAAGCAGAAGCGCAACCUUUUGAAGUCUUAAUGCAGUUUCUCUACACAGACAAAAUCCAGUACCCACGCAGAGGCCAUGUUCAGGAUGUUCUCCUAAUCAUGGAUGUUUACAAACUGGCCCUGAGCUUUAAGCUCUCCCGCUUGGAGCAGCUGUGUGUUCAGUACAUUGAGGCUUCUGUCGACCUGCAGAACGUGCUCAGCGUUUGUGAAAAUGCCAACAAACUCCAACUCGACCAGCUGAAGGAACAUUGCCUUAAUUUUGUGGUGAAGGAAUCCCACUUCAACCAGGUGAUCAUGACGAGGGAAUUUGAACAUCUGUCCACGCCACUGAUCGUGGAGAUAGUCCGACGAAAGCAGCAGCCGCCUCCCAGGCUGUACUCAGACCAGCCUGUGGACAUCGGGACCUCCCUGGUGCAGGACACGAAGGCUUACCUAGAGGGAGGGGGCCUGGAGUUCUGUGACAUCAUUCUGCUGUUGGACGGACACCCCCGACCUGCUCAUAAAGCCAUACUGGCGGCUCGUUCCAGUUAUUUUGAGGCCAUGUUCCGCUCCUUCAUGCCAGAGGACGGCCAGGUAAAUAUCUCCAUCGGAGAGAUGGUUCCCAGUAAGCAGGCAUUCGAGUCCAUGCUGCGCUACAUCUACUAUGGAGACGUCAACAUGCCUCCGGAAGAUUCUCUUUAUCUGUUUGCGGCGCCAUAUUAUUACGGCUUUUCAAAUAACAGGUUGCAGGCUUACUGCAAGCAGAACCUGGAGAUGAAUGUCACUGUGGAAAAUGUCUUGCAGAUCCUGGAGGCGGCCGAUAAAACGCAGGCUCUGGAUAUGAAGAAGCACUGCCUCCACAUAAUUGUCCACCAGUUCAUCAAGGUAUCCAAGCUCCCCAACCUGCGAUCCCUCAGCCAGUUGCUGCUGUUGGACAUCAUUGAGUCUCUAGCUACACACAUAUCAGACAAGCAGUGUGCUGAGAUGGGCUCCGACAUUUAGGAGGAUGGCAAGAGACCUACACUCGUAUUUCAGUCCACUUUUCCCAAAAGCUCACUUUGAUUGCACCCUGCAUGUUUUCAUCUCACACAUGCCGCAUUCAUUUGAUAGCAAGGUGCUUUGUUCUUUCAUCUGCAUAUCAUUGCGUUAAGUCAUUUAAUUAAUUUUGUAUAGAGCAACUGGUCCAAUUUUCUUGGAUUUUUUUAUAAUUCUUUUUUUUGGCAGAUUAUUAUUUUUCCUGUCAAAAGAAAUCAACCAUAAAAUUGUUCCCACCAUGUCCCUUAACAGCUGGAACGACCAAACUGUGUAAUUUGUAUUUGCUGGAUCAGCAUUAUUCCCUUACACAAUUACAAUUGGUAUAUUAUCAUAUACCUGAUAUUUUCUUGUGCUAUACUGUAUAAUAAAAAAAAUGUUAUUGAUAGCCGUGUGUGAUAUUAACCACUACUAUUAGACAUGACCCAUGUUUAUCUGACCUUACAACAAGCUACCGUAUAUCUGUUAAUACAUAUUUGCACAUGUGAGUUAAAAUGUACUGUUUCAAAAACAAUAAAUCUUUAUGUGAAAGAAAAUAGACAAAAUAA